AUGUUCGAGAAUUACAACGACAGCCAGCGGCCAAAUCAUGAUGUGCUGGCUGCACACUAUGGUCUCUACUUUGACAACCUGCCCAAGCGCAUACUUGUGAUGGGUAUCUUGGCGAACGAAACGCCGACUUUCUCUGCCUAUGGAGCGCGUUCCAACAUCCCGCCUCUCAGCUUGAUCUACUGCCCUGGAACGGAACAUGAUCCAUUGCGCCACGACAAUGAAAGUUACUGGAGCGCAGCACAACUGGCGGAGAUGGAAGAGCAACGUCGCCGAGAAGCGGAACAGGAUAAGCUGAAGACGGAUUUGAUUCUUCCGCUGGAGGUUGCGGUGGACCACAGUGGCGAGAAGGAGGUUCUCGUCGUAACGGGCAGGAACCUAGCAGGGCAGGAGCUCUGCACUGUCCGGGGAAACCUGGAGGAGAAAGUCUCGUGGCUCCGAUGGGAAAUCAAGAAAGUGGUCGAUCCGGAGGACAAGCACCACGUCGUGCUCGUGCGGCCUUCUGGACGUCUCAUUGCCCUGGACCAAGACUCGCUGCUGUUGCGUGACCUGCGACCGGGCAGCCUUGCCGACGUCAAGGCUGCCUUCGCCAAGGCGGACCUGAACAAGGACGGUUUCCUGGACAAGUCUGAGCCCCUUGACUCCGCACUUACAGCUGUGGCAGGUUCUCCGGUCAAAGAAAUGCUCAAAACCCUGGCCAAAGACCUGCCCGUCAUGUCGGAUGGAGAAAUCGACAAGCUCUUUGACGCCGUGGACGCGAAUGCAGAUGGCCGGCUGAAUGUCACUGAGUUCAUCGACUGGUGCUUCGGCGUGCAAACGAUGGACGACGCUGAGCGUUCCGACCUGCGCCCUGGCGUCGUGGAGUGGGGGAAGGGGCAGCUGUCGCGGGCGAAGGCCUCCCUGGUGAAGGGCCUCCCCCCGGCAAAGAUCACGCGCACUGGCAGUUCCUAG